CUUUCCUCUUAUGUCCUCUUUCUCUGCAGCCUUUCAUCCUCUUUAACUAUCACUCGUGUCAUUUUCAACCAAAUUUCAAAAAAAAAUAAUAUAUACAUAUUCCAAUUACGCUAUUUAUCGUUUUUUUCAGGUGAGAAAUAAAAUCAAAGCAAAAAAAUAAAAAAAAAAAGUGAAGCAGAAUUAGAAGAAAAUGGUGAGAGAGUGGCUGCAGUGGAUGGGCAGGAGACGACGUCGUUCAAAGGGAAAAGAUGGUGAGGAAAUGAGUUCUUCCGGCGGCUGCAUUUGUGCUGUUUUCCAGAUAUUUGAUUUGCCACAUCAUCCUUUUCGUUACCAGCCCCACUUUCUUCAUCGACAAUCCACUACCAAAUCUGAAGGAAUAGAGGCACCAAGAAACAGCUUGGAGGUAUUUGAAUCAGCCAUGAAAGAAGAAGAAGUAGAAGAUGAUGAUGAAAAUUCAAAUUUUCCGGUGGGUAUUAGCAAAAUCAAAACAAAAAUUGGUUCAGUAUCAACAAAAGAGGAGAAUAAUAUUGUAUUUUCAGAUUGUUCCCCAGGCCCAAUUACAACCCCAAACCUUGUGGCCAGGCUUAUGGGCCUUGAUCUUCUCCCACAAUCCAAUAACUCAAAUUCCUCUCCCCAAACAAAACCUCACAAACAUAAACACACAGCAAGUGAUGACAUCAGCAUCGGUGCCAGACGGAAAUCGGAUUUCGAGUACCACAGGCUCUCUCUACAGAUAAACAAGGAGACCCAAUCCGCAAUUUCGGCAAAAAUGAGGGGCAAAAGUGCAACAUUUAACAAGGAAAAAGCGAGAGCUGGCUUGGUUGACAUCACCAACACAAUUAAUUAUGGGGAUAGAGAGGAGAUUAUCAGAAGGGACAAAAACUUAGCCUUUUCUCACAAAAACAACAAUGCUCCUCCGAAAAUUAAAUCUUUAUUGGACUCCAAAAGGAAAACAGCUGUCACUAGUUUAGGAAUCAAAAGUCCACGAAACUCCGGCUUUGAAAAUGAUCAGCCGAGGGGGAUUUUGAGGGAUGGGAACAAAGUUGGGGUUGGAAAUGGAAAUAUUUCUUCUGGUUUGGUGAAAUUACAGACAGGUCCCCAAACUUUUGAUUAUUCUGUUGCGGACCAGAAAUCGGAAGCUUUUAUUAGGAAAGGCAGAGCAAAUAACUUGAAGGAGGAGGAGAAGAAGAAGAAGAAGGUGAAGAAAGAAUCAGCUUCGAGUGAAAUUGUGAAUGUGAAUGGGCCCACAAUUCUGCCAGUCAAGAAAAAUCCUUCACCUCAUGCUACAAAAUUACCACAAAAACAGUCACAGGUAUCAGAUGCCCUGUCAUCGAAAAGGAGCACACAGUUAUCUCGUAAUCCGGGCCGUUCGUACAAGCAGGCGUCCCUACAGCCAGAUCAAAUCUCCACCGUCCUUCCUGACAGAAUUAACGGUUGCGCCACCGCGCCGGAAUACACAGACUACGUCCAGAAAAUCCUCAAACGCGCGGGCCUCAACAGCAGAUUCACCCCUUCAACCUUAGGCAAAUCGCGCACAGCUUCUCACCCGCUAGAUCCCUCCAUCUUCUACCACCUCGAGCUCGCCGCCGGCGGCGCCGGAAUUUUGAGCCGCCGCUGCAAUCGGAAGCUGAUCUUUCAGCUAGCGGACGAGCUUCUGGCCGAGAUCCUAAAACCGAAGCUGGAUUUCAUGCCGUGGGGCGCCGAUCUUAACACGAUUGCGGCUGACAAUUUAGAUCUGUGCGGCGAACUGUGCCGGCGAAUAGGGGAUUUUCCGGCGGCGGACUGCAGAGUUCUGGAGGAUAUCGACUCGUUGAUUGAGAGGGAUUUGCGGAGGCCGAAAUUGAAUAGCGAAUUUUUGGGGGAGGAAAGAGAGAGAUUGGUCUGUGAGAUUGAAGGGGAGAUUACGGAGUGGUUGGUGCGGGAGACGGCGGCGGUGGUGCGCGGCGGCGAUACGGAGGAGGGAGGGGCGGGAGGCGGACGGGUGGCACGUGCAGAAGGGAGACGUCACGUGAGGUUGUUAGUGGGGAAUCAUCCACGUGGAGGGUAGAGGUCUACAUUUCGUUGGCACAUUUAGUGGGUCACUAAUGCGAAAAAUAAUUUGGUUUCUCUAUUUAUUUUCUUUGUGCUAUUGGUAUUUUAGUNAAUCAGUCUAGUUCGCUU